GGAAGACGGGUUGAAGUGAGGUGGGGAUGGGAAAUCAUCAUUUAGUUAGCUCGCUGCUAGGUGCCUGGAGCUGAUUGCCGAGGUGUUAUGAGCGUUGUAGCAGGAAUCAGUAGAUUAUUUUACUUUUGAUAGGUGCAACGAUGACCCUCUGACACCAAGAAUGGACAUAAGUUAACAAUGACGGGGGAGAAAAAGAAGAAAAAGCGGCUGAACCGCAGCAUUCUUCUUGCAAAGAAAAUUAUAAUAAAAGAUGGAGGAAGUCCUCAGGGAAUCGGUGAGCCCAGUGUUUACCAUGCUGUGGUGGUCAUCUUCCUGGAGUUUUUUGCAUGGGGUCUCCUUACAACCCCAAUGCUUACGGUAUUACACCAGACGUUUCCCCAACACACAUUCCUAAUGAAUGGGCUAAUCCAUGGGGUCAAGGGCCUAUUGUCUUUUCUCAGCGCUCCCCUGAUUGGAGCGCUGUCAGACGUAUGGGGACGCAAGUCCUUCUUGCUGCUUACCGUCUUCUUCACCUGUGCGCCCAUUCCACUGAUGAAGAUCAGCCCAUGGUGGUACUUUGCAGUCAUCUCCAUGUCCGGCGUCUUUGCCGUCACCUUCUCUGUGAUUUUUGCCUAUGUGGCAGAUAUCACGCAGGAGCAUGAGAGGAGCACAGCAUACGGUUUGGUAUCAGCUACCUUUGCCGCUAGCCUGGUUACCAGCCCGGCCAUUGGAGCCUACCUGUCCGAGGCCUACGGUGACACCUUGGUGGUGAUCCUGGCCACAGCCAUCGCCCUUCUCGACAUCUGCUUCAUCCUGGUGGCUGUACCGGAGUCACUGCCAGAGAAGAUGAGGCCAGCAUCAUGGGGGGCACCUAUUUCCUGGGAACAGGCAGACCCAUUCGCUUCUUUGCGUAAGGUGGGCCAGGACUCCACGGUGCUCCUCAUCUGUAUCACAGUGUUUCUCUCCUACCUCCCUGAGGCUGGCCAGUACUCCAGUUUCUUCCUCUAUCUCAGACAGGUUAUAGGUUUCUCAUCUGAGACGGUGGCCGCUUUUAUUGCCGUCGUGGGAAUCCUCUCAAUACUAGCUCAGACGGUGGUGUUGGGGAUCCUGAUGCGUUCCAUAGGGAAUAAGAACACAAUCUUGCUUGGCCUCGGCUUCCAGAUCCUCCAGCUGGCGUGGUAUGGCUUUGGCUCUCAGCCCUGGAUGAUGUGGGCUGCUGGAGCUGUUGCAGCUAUGUCAAGCAUCACUUUCCCUGCCAUCAGCGCCAUUGUGUCCCGUAAUGCAGACCCUGACCAACAAGGUGUCGUGCAGGGAAUGAUUACUGGAAUUCGGGGCCUCUGUAACGGUUUGGGCCCUGCUCUCUAUGGUUUUGUCUUCUACUUGUUCCACGUGGAGCUGAGUGACACAGAUGGCUCUGAGAAAGGUGCCAAAUCUAACAUGGUCAACCCCACUGAUGAGAGUGCCAUCAUUCCGGGUCCUCCCUUCCUGUUUGGUGCAUGUUCAGUGCUGCUGUCUCUGCUGGUGGCCCUGUUCAUCCCGGAGCACACAGGACCAGGCAUGAGGCCCGGCGCCUAUAAGAAGCACAGCAACGGGGCACAGAGUCACUCCCACAGCCCUCAGGGCAGCGGAGCCGAGGGCAAGGAGCCGCUGCUAGAGGACAGCAGUGUAUAACCUCAGCUAAUGGGGGCAGACGCCCUCGCUCCCACCCAACACCACCCUGCACACACGGACAGAUAACAUGCAUUUUACCACGUGGACACACGCUCACCUCAGGCACACAUCAGACUCAAGUGCCGUGAAGAGGUGUUUGUGUUAUCAGCACAAAAGUGAGCGCCCCUUCCUUAGCAGCCUUUUGCUUUUUUUAAAGGAGGGUAUUGUGUGGACUCUCUAAAGACCCUGUAUGAAGAAUGUGCUGAGUAUUUUUUGGGAUGCAGUGGAGAGGUGUGUGUGUGUGUGUGUGUUAACUGGCUGCGCUGGACUCUAAUUCUUGGUUUCCGUAAAGCAGUAACAGAGUGGAGUGUGCAACAGCUUGCCCCCCUCCUGGUGCAAAACAAGAAGUGAUUUGGUUUAGAGUGUGAGUGGCGUAUAUCUCAAAUGUUACUAAAUCCCUGUAAGAUUCUUCAUAUUCCUCUGUAGACAGUGAAGUGGCAACGUGAUCUGUUUGUCCAGAGAGAGCAACAAGCAGUUGGUUGGGCACUUGUCUAAUGGUCUUUCACAAGCUAACAGCUGUUCAGAUGCUUGUCGUUGCCACCACAGCCUCGGUUAAAGCGUCCGGGAGGAGAACACGGCUCCUCUUCUGUGUGCUCAGCAGGGAAGCACAGCAACUGUAUACCUGUGAGGGGAGUCGCCUAAUCUUGGUCAGGUCGGGUCGAUCAGUUCAGAUAUAAAAAGGUUCCUAAUGACCACAGUUUGUUUAAACAACACACUUCUUACAGAGAGCAUUGUGAGAGACCACUUUUAGCUCAAAGUUUUUCAAUGUUUACUUGCCAUUCUCUAGAUAAGUAGUACAGUUCGGGUUGUAUAUUUUUUCUCUGUUCCAUCUGAAGACUAACUGUGCUUCAAGUUCUUAAUCAAGAAACAAAUGUUGCCUCGAAGUGACUUAAUAUAUAUAUAUGUGUGGUUUAUAUAUAUAUUAAUUACGUAACCUGUAUGAAGACCGAUGUCUGAAAAGGCUCUGUAAUCUUACUUUAUCGCUCCCAUCGGAGCAGUUAUACACUUUUUAUUCCUUUUGUUUUCAUGCCCUUCCUGUUGCUUCGUCUCCUGACAUUUAUCACCAUCAGGGUUAAGGCUUACAGAACCGUGUUUUUUUUUUUUUGUUUGUUUGUUUUCCUUUGAAAGCCUCUGGACCAUUUGGAGCUAGAGGGUCAUUAUCAGCACGUCAGUAUCGGCACUGACUGUUAAUAUGGAGUCUUUGAAUUAAUAUUACUAGGUUUAACAGAAUAUCACUUGUGCUGCUGCAGUAGAUAAUUCCAAGUAAGUGUGAUGUGACGUGGUGGAUGAAGAUUUCUUUAGUGGUAAUUGGAUAUAAACUAUGAAACUAAGCUUCAGUACAACCAGUUAUUUACAGACACAGCACAUUUGUCAAACAAUAACUAAAGCUCAAUUCACAAACUCGCAUUUAAAGAGGCUUCCGAUUCUCCACAAGGGGGAGCUGUCUUGGUCAAUGUCACACCAGACCAGUUCAAUACAUGCCAACCUGCACCACCUAUAGGAAAAAAGGUAGCAGCAGUAGUUCAAAUCCUAAAUUUAAAAAAAUAAAUAACUAAAUAAGUUUGUUGUCCCCUAUAGGCGAGAAAGUAAAAAAGUGUUUAUUUUAAAGCCUUACAUUUUCCACAGAUCUGUUAGCUUUAAAGCUUUUGUCUUCCUCUCUACCACCUACAGGAUAUUAGAUCACAAAUUAAAACGUGCAAAGUACAGUUUAAAGGACAGCACUCUGUUAGAUGCUACUUAGCGUCAUUAAGAGCACUGUUGACAAAUUGGUUCAAAUUGUGCGUCAGUCCAUUGAUCUGUGUAAACAUCGCUGGUACUUUUCUUGCCAGUAGGUGCUGCAGGUUGAAUUGCGGAUCUGAAAUGGUUGAUUCUGCCGCUUUGCAUCAGCGACACAGCGUUCCCUUUGUUCACAUACUGCGUCAGCAACUAGUAAAUUAUGCUUGUCAUGACUUUUAACAGCUAAUUUAUAAAUGCCUCAAGUGCAUUUAAAUAGCCAAACUAAAACCUGAUAAGAAACGGUAACUAACAGUGAGUUUCAUGGUGUUUAACAUCAACCUGAAAAAAAAAUGUAUGUCGCAUAUUUUGUGCCAAUUUUUUUUAUUUUUAAUUUUUUGUUUGUUUGAUUUUUCACAAUGUGUGUGUAUGUGUGCUUGCAUAUUUGAGUGGUGUUUUUUUUUUUUCAUGUCUUAAUUUUAUGGCUGAAGAUUUGAGUUUUAAUGCCGUUUUUGUAAUAGCUUUUUAAAUUUUCUUUCAGUCUUUUUUUUUUUUUUUUUUGGAAUAUUUUCAAUAUUGUGGCUAAAAGUUAACUAUGGAAUGUCCAUCUAUCUGCUUUCAGUCUCGGUCUUCAUUCGAUAACAAGCAUUUCACCGUGAUGAGUUACAUUUGAAAAACUUAUUUAUCAAUAGAUCAUAACAAAAGUCACUGAAUGUUCCAAGCCAAGCUGUACAUGUUGACCAUGCUGUACCUGCAACAGUUUCUGACUUGACCUGUCAUAGUUUUUAUUAUUUUGGAGGGGGUGUCACUACACGGGAGGCCAUUUGGUGUCGAUUUAAUUUCUGAACAUCGCCCCUUUUUAUUUACCAUUUAUCGGACCAACGCAUUAGCAAACUCAUAAAUUCAGAUCUAACUUAAAUUGUUAAGAUUCUGCACCAGCCCCUUGUGCACUCGUACAACUUCCAAGCAGAUGACUGUAAAUGUACAAAAAAACAACUGUACGUACAGCAAAUGUAUAUAUUUAUUGCUCAAGGAGAUGGCCACUUCAUGGUAUAUUUGGUUGUAUGGUGCAAUUAUUCUUAUAUAUUUCUCAAGACUUACCUGCUAGCCUCUCCUGUUUUUAGUACGAUGUGGUUUGUGGCCUGAACCCCCUCUCUGUGUGCCUAAAAUUAGCCAAGAAACGAGUAUGGCAACAUUAGUAAAUGGUGGUUAUUAUGUAAAUAUGGGAAACUAAUGACAAACUAUUUAUUAAAGGUUUAUUGUACAAUGAAA